GAGCCGUUGGAUUAAUGAUGAACGGAUUGGAUUUCACGGUGAUGAAACCCUCUGUGGUGUAACGGAGGGGUAAGAGGAGGUAUAAAAACUGGUUAUUGGAAGGGAGAGAGCGCAUUUCGUUUAAUCAAUUUUUUCUUUUGUUUAUUUUCUUUAUGUUCUUUGCUAAUUUGCUUCUACUUCCUUCUUCUUCUCUUUCUCGUGAACCAAACAGAAAUUUCCUAAGGAAAAAAAAUUCAAAAGCUGAUGUUAAUUUAUGAAUAAAUGUUGAGGAUCUGAAUUUUAAACCAAGCGAGGGAGUGAAAGAGAGACGAGAGAAGGAUUUGAGGAAUUGUUAGAUACACUAGAAGAGAUUGGAGGGAAGUUUUUUGCUGGUUCUGAUAACUAAUCGUGAAGAUUUCUUUUUAUUUUGUUGAAGUUUUUCAGAAUCUAUGCAUUUGGAAGAUAGAAGAGCUACUUCGGGGAGAAGUUUCAACUGAAUUCAUCUGCAAAUAAGCAGAUCAAUUGCUGACAUAUUCAAACAUUAGAACCUUCAUAACAAUCACAAGAGAGUUUCGGAGGAAUAGGCUGCAAAUGUCAUUAUUUUGUUGAAAAUUUGAAGUAGAUUUGUGUUUAUAGACUAGAAGAAGCAAAGUUGUAACGGCUAAGCCUGAGUAAUUCAGGUAUGAGAUAAGAUCAGGAAUCUGACUAUCUGAAUACCAAUUCUAAUUCCACCUAAUGAUAAUUGACUCUCGCCAUUGAUAUGGCAAGCUUUUGUUAAAAGAAGAAAAAGAAGUCACAGUUAUUUUGUUUCUUCCCCGGUUUCUUUUUUUAGAACACUCACUGUUCUACCAAUUGGUUUUCUCUAGCUUGGAUUUGAUCAAGAAUCGAAUUUUUUUUGACAAGAGUUGAUUUUUUUCCCGAGAACGUUAGCGACCUUCAACACAUCUUUCUGCAGAACGUUGGGAUUACUUAUCCUCAGAUUUUAAUUUCACUUUGGAAGUGUUGUUUAUUUCGUUUUCGUUUUCUGAUAAUUUUAAUAUGUUCUCUUCCAUGUCCGUCUAUGGAUAUUUCAAACAAUUUUAAGAAGAAUUUAAUCUGUUCCGCCAAGAUUUUUCCUCCAGAUUGGAUCUCUGUUUUGGUUUUAGUUUUCGCUUCCUUAAAUCACCACUGAGAAACAUUGUUUCUUCUUUGGCUGCGAUGUUUUCCCGAUUUUGUUGAAUCGUCUUUUCAGUUUUUUUUUUCUCAUCCCGUUGCUUCUUAGUCAAUGAAUUCCUGUUUGGUUACCAGGAACCAAGAGAAAAUUAAAACAAAACAAAAAACUGUUUCUCCCGCCUUUGAACUUUUCAUCAGUCUUUGGCCCUUUUCCUUUGAAAAACUUCUGUGUAAAUUCUGAGUUGUUCGAUACAUAUUCUAGUGCUAAUCCAAGGGCAACUGCUGUUUGAAAUUGCGUGAAAGUUUCAAGAGAAGCGACAUCUCAAUUCUCCUAAUCUCUUACUUUUUUUUUUAUCCUUUCGGCAUUUCCACUUUAAUUCUGAAUUUGUAUCCAACGCCUUUUCCCAAAAUUAUUUUUUCUCAAUUUUUUACUCUUCAUGAUGGGUCAGGUGUGGUGGAGAAAACGAUGGAGAAGGACGCAGUAAGGAUCAAUAACAGUGGUAUUGGUAAUAGCACCAUCUACAGCAGAGAUAGAACCGGAGGCGAAGGCGACGGCGGAUUGUUAAGAUCCAGCUCGGAUCCGGCCAAGCAAACGGCGUCGUCUUCUAAUUUCGUUUUGCAGUGGGGAAAUCGGAAGCGUUUGAGGUGUAUGAAGAUACAAGUCAAAGACGAUCAGUCCGGCCCGGUUAAUCGAACAACGGUUCGAGUCGACCGCCGAGUCGUGAGGGCCGACAAAGAGACUUCGAAUCAACCAAGCAAUAAUAAUCACGGGAAUGGAUAUUUUAACCUCCGUCAACGACCUUCUUCUCCUCAAGCUCCGCCAUCUCAGCGCGUUCUCAGGAACUCUGAGAAUUCCAGUGCUAUGAGAGGCCAAAACAACGGUGGUGUAAGGGGAUUUGCUUCGCCAGAUAGGGGUGCGCACGAUAAGAGAGUUGGUGGUAACAACCAUAACAAUAACAACCACCACCACCACCACCACAACAAAUCUGCGGCAUCUUCGGAUAUGACCCAUGACAGCAAAAAAGGAGGCUCAUCUUCAGGAAGCGGUGAGGCAGCUCCACCCAUCGUUUGGCCACCAAAAUUUGUGAUUGCUUUAACUAAUAAAGAGAAAGAAGAAGAUUUCAUGGCCAUUAAAGGAUCUAAGCUGCCGCAGAGACCCAAAAAACGAGCGAAAUUUAUUCAACGUACCCUCAACCUGGUAAGUCCGGGGGCAUGGCUAUGCGAUUUAACACUUGAACGAUACGAGGUCAGGGAGAAGAAGAUCUCAAAGAAGAGACCAAGAGGUUUGAAGGCUAUGGGUAAUAGUAAUAUGGAAUCGGACUCCGAAUAAAAAGCAGCCUUUUUUGAGCUUAGGUGUUGAGAGGCAGUUUGGGGGUCAUUUUGUUAAAGAUGGGAGAGGAAAUUGAAGUGGGUGUAAAUGAGGACCUUUUUCAUCCUUUGAGAUUAAUGAGAAAGGAAUAAAUUAAGCCAAA